AUGCCACCUGCUAACAACAAUAAUAUGAGCGAAAUCUCUGAAGAAUUCAUGGAAAUAACAUUAGAACGCGUCAAUGCAUCAUACUAUGAUAUGCCGAUGCAGCGCAAUGAAUUGCUUCUCAAAGAGAAAACUUACCGUCAACAAUAUGCAAAUUUAUACUUUCUCAGGCUAACUAUAUUGGGACCUAUAGUGCUGGAGGCAGCACAAAAAAAAUGGGAUACAACAGAGAUGGAUCAACAAGGUGUGGAAAAUGUGCAGAUUAAAACUAGACAUACAAAAAAAGUGCUGGAAACGAAACCGGGGGUUGUUUGCUACAUACUUGGGACUUUAUAUGUUUCGAUGCCUUAUAAGCCGAAUAUACUCGAUGAGGUCACAAAGGAACACUGGGCAGAAGAACUUCCACCACGUGAAAAAUAUUGUAGCGAAAACGAUGAAUAUAUGUUAGAAGAUGAAUCCGGACGGAUAAAGUUAAUAGGCGAUAUUCUCAAAACAGAGAAUUUAGUAACUGGGAUAGUGUUGGCUGUGUUAGGUUUUGAGAACAAAGCUGGUGAAUUCGAAGUUAUGGAUAUUUGUUAUGCUGGCAUUCCGCCUCAAAAAAAAUCCAAUCAAAUGGAAACAGAUGAUAACGAUGAGCAAGAUACCGACAAAUAUGUUGCACUUGUCUCAGGUCUAAAUAUUGGAAGUGAUGAUGGUCAAAAUUCGAUGGAGAGAGAGUUAUUUAUAGAUUAUAUAACGGGCAUGGUGGGAAGUACACAGGAACAAAUUACAAGCUCGAAAAUUGUUCAUGUCAUUUUAGCCGGGAAUAAUGUGGUAGAAACCAAAUUGACCGAGGAUGAUUCAAAAUAUAAGAAACAUGGACACGAAGGGACCGAUUAUGACAUGGGAACUGUCGCUGAAUUUGAUAAUAUCCUAGAAACGCUUUGCUCAACGGUGUCAGUUGAUGUAAUGCCUGGCUCUCAUGAUCCCGCAAAUGCAACAUUACCACAGCAGCCUAUUCAUUUUAAUCUUUUUCCUAAAGCUUCACGGUAUUCCUCUUUUUCUAGUGUCACGAAUCCUUAUUGGUGUCAGAUAGACGAUGUUAUGUUCUUGGGUAAUUCUGGCCAAACUAUUGACGAUAUUUAUAAAAAUCUUCAUGGUGAUAAUCGGCUUGAAUUUGCGGAAAAAACCUUGUAUUGGCGGCACAUAGCACCAACAGCACCCGAUACACUAUGGUGUUAUCCAUUCAUAAGUCAUGAUCCAUUUAUCCUAACUCAAACGCCUCAUAUUUAUUAUUUCGGGAAUCAAAAAGAAUUCGCCACUAGCACUGUUGAUGGUCCUGAUGGACAAUAUACAAGAAUUAUAUUGAUUCCGUCAUUUGCAGAAACGGGCGUGGUAGUACCAGUUUUGCAACUUUCGGACUCACCACGCAGUGCUGCAGCCGUAGUGUCGACACCACUUCUGAUGACUUCAACAGAUCUUUCAGAAGAACAAGAACGUUUUUACAAUGCAGUUCGCGAGAUUAUUAUUAUGCUCUUACUGUUCCUGCCACUCUACUCAGUUUCGUAUAAUGUAAUACAAAGAUUCCGCCGGAAACAGCGACAAAAUCAAGCUCAACAGGAGGUGGAAGACGAGGAAGAGGAUGUGUUUGGAAUAGACGAGUUAAUAAUGGGAUUUUUGUGUGCUGCUGGCUUAGCGAUGGCCUUGGCAGGAUUUUUCUUGUUACCAGGUACAAUGGCAGCUACAGCAUUGAUUGAAUUGCAAUCAUCAGAAAAAGGGGAUGAUAAUAAUAAGCAGCAUUAUUAUUAUUAUUUGGGUUGGUUAGAUACCAAUCUUUUGGUGACUCUUUGGAAUUACACAUUUAUCGGAUGUAACAUCUCAUUGUUUGGUUUACUUCCGUUUGCGUACUUCUAUAAUGAAACGGAUCAAUUAAGAAAUUUUUUCGCCAAAGCGAGAGAAUCCUUGACGCUUAUGCUAUUGGUUGGACUAUUAAUUUAUGGUUUUAUAUAUGUCUCGAAAGCCAUUCUAAAAAUGAAUGAAUUGCCGAGUUUGGUGGUGCUUAAUCUUCUAACGUGUCUUAUGGGUGGAGCUAUUUGUUUGACAGCCACACCAAAAGGAUAUGUGAAGAUUUUUUCAUGGAUUUAUUCAUUACCAUUACGACCAAAUUAUCGAAAAUCAUUAAAAGAUAAACUUGUAGAAAAUAAAAUGGAGACAAGAGCUUGGGAGCACAAAUUGGAGUCUUUGGAGAGAGAGUUACAUUCCAACAAUAUUGAUUUAAGUUACACGUUUAUGCCGUCAGUGACAUCUUCACUUCCAUUAUCAUCUAAAAAACUAUAUGUAAAUGGAAUCAGACGAAAUAAAAAAACCUCACCAACAGAGUCUCUAUUAAAAAUCCGAGACGAGAUUCAAGCAAAAUUGAAAAAACUCGAACUGGAACGAAAGCAAACACAACUUGAUCUAUCACACUCACCGCUUUAUCGCAAUAUAUCAUUUUUCCUGCUUUUUGUUCUUAGCCAUAUUAUCCUCUUUCUUCUUAUAAGCUACGUCGCCUUUAAUUUUAUGAAGGGAAUCUUGGUAUUUGAUGAAAAAGCCAAUAAUCAGCAACCAAAUCUUCUAUCGGUGUUUGGAAAAAAGACGUCGUCUUUCCUUUCAAUGUUUGGCGCAAUUGGUACACUCACCGAGAUUGCCCUGAUUUUCUAUUUCACAUUUGCCACAAUUAUCGGCGUCUAUUCCAUGCCAUUGUUUGCUCAAAUGAAACCACAAUGGGGACGAAUGACGAUGCAAAAAACUAUUGGGAAUGUUGCAUUGUUAUUGGUAAUCAGCUCUUCGUUACCGGCUAUCGUACGGAUAUUGGGUCUUUUGAGAUUUGAAAGUGCUGGGCCAUACGAAAAUUUUCACUUGCUAAAGAAUGGGAAUUGGGUGAACACGGGUUUUCGUCUCGGAGUUUUGAUUACUUCGGUGUUGGCGUUUUUAGAUUACUAUAUAUUGGGAAGCUUGAGAUCGUUUAGUGGUGGACGUGAUUGGAACUAUUUGAAUAACAAUUAUAAUGGACAUCUAGCUUUUCGUCACUAUCAUAAUUAUCACCAGCAUCCUCAUUAUCAUAUUCAUGACUUAACAACACAUAAUAAUGGAUUCAUGCAGCAGCAAGAUCAAAAUUAUAAUUAUAAUCACAAUAAUGAACUCGAUGAUCGACUAGUUAUAGGUUCUGUUGCUAAUGAUGGCUAUAGAAAUGAGUAUACGAACGGAUAUGAAAAUGAAUAUACAAAUGGUUACACCAAUAAUGUUGAAGACGGAAAUGAAACUAAUGGCAAAAACGGUUACGCGAAUGGGUACGAUCUUAAAAAUUCUCAUCACAAUAAUAUGAAUGGAUAUAUUGACGAUCAUAGACGGUAG